AGGAGCUCGGCUGCCUGCACUGGAACUGGGAACAUAAGGAUCUUCAUCCUCCUGGCCUGGCUUUGGGCUUCCAUGACAGGAUUCCCCAUGACAGAAGCUGGCAUCCCAGAACUAACUCAGCUCCGACUGGUGAACGGCCCGAGUCGCUGUGCUGGGAGGGUCGAGGUGCUUCACAACCAGCAGUGGGGAACUGUGUGUGAUGAUGGCUGGGACAUAACUGAUGCUGGAGUCGUGUGCAGGCUGCUGGGCUGUGGGAAGGCAUCAUCAGCCCCAGGAGAGGCUCGAUUUGGGCAAGGAUCAGACCCUAUCUGGCUGGAUGACGUCAACUGCGCAGGGACAGAAGCUGCCCUCUCCAGUUGCAGUGCUCGGCCUUGGGGAGAGAAUGACUGUACCCACGGAGAAGAUGCCGGUGUUGUGUGCUCAGAUGCUGGCAUCUCAGCAGUGGUUCAGCUCCGACUGGCGAAUGGCCCGAGUCGCUGCGCUGGGAGGGUCGAAGUGCUUCACAACCAUCAGUGGGGAACCGUGUGUGAUGACAGCUGGGACUUACAGGAUGCCGCAGUCGUGUGCAGGCAGCUGGGCUGUGGGACGGCGUUAUCAGCCCCAGGAGGGGGUCACUUUGGGCAAGGAUCUGACCCUAUUUGGCUGGAUGAUGUGAACUGUGCAGGGACAGAAGUUGCCCUCUCCAGUUGCAGCGCUCGGCCUUGGGGGGAGAAUAACUGUAACCACAGAGAAGAUGCCGGUGUUGUGUGCUCAGGCAUUUCAGAAGUGGCUCAGCUCCGACUGGUGAACGGCCCGAGUCGCUGCGCUGGGAGAGUCGAGGUGCUUCACAACCAGCAGUGGGGAACCGUGUGUGAUGACAACUGGGACAUAAUUGAUGCUGGAAUCGUGUGCAAGCAGCUGGGAUGUGGGAUAGCGCUAUCAGCCCCAGGAGCGGGUCGAUUUGGGCGAGGAUCUGACCAUAUCUGGCUGGAUGAUGUUCAGUGCAAAGGGACAGAAAUUGGCCUUUCUGAAUGCAGGGCUCGGCCUUGGGGAGACAAUAACUGUCGCCACGGAGAAGAUGCUGGUGUUAUUUGCACAGACACUGAAAUCUCAGAAGUGGCUCAGAUCCGACUGGUGAACAGCAGGAGUCGCUGUGCUGGGAGAGUCGAGGUGUUUCACAACCAGCAGUGGGGAACCGUGUGUGAUGACAGCUGGGACUUACAGGAUGCUGGAGUCGUAUGCAGGCAGCUGGACUGUGGGACGGCGUUAUCAGCCCCAGGAGGGGCUCGAUUUGGGCGAGGGUCAGACCAAGUCUGGCUGGAUGACAUCAACUGCGCAGGGACAGAAGUUGCUCUCUCCAAUUGCAGGGCUCGGCCUUGGGGAGAGAAUAACUGUACCCAUGGAGAAGAUGCUGGUGUUGUGUGCUCAGACGCUGGCAUCUCAGAAGUGGCUCAGCUCCGACUGGUGAACGGCCCAAGUCUCUGCGCUGGGAGGGUCGAGGUGCUUCACAACCAGCAGUGGGGAACUGUGUGUGAUGACAACUGGGACUUACAGGAUGCCGGAGUUGUAUGCAGGCAGCUGGACUGUGGGACGGCGUUAUCAGCCCCAGGAAGGGCUCGAUUUGGGCAAGGGUCAGACCGUAUCUGGCUGGAUAAUGUCAACUGCACAGAGACAGAAGCUGCCCUCUCUGAUUGCAGGGCUCGGCCUUGGGGAGAGAAUGACUGUACCCACGGAGAAGAUGCCGGUGUUGUGUGCUCAGACGCUGGCAUCUCAGAAGUGGCUCAGCUCAGACUGGUGAACAGCAGGAGUCAGUGCGCUGGGAGGGUCGAGGUGCUUCACAACCAGCAGUGGGGAACUCUGUGUGAUGACGGCUGGGACUUACAGGAUGCCAGAGUCGUGUGCAGGCAGCUGGGCUGUGGGACAGCAUUAUCAGCCCCAGGAGGGGCUCGAUUUGGGCAAGGAUCAGACCGUAUCUGGCUGGAUGACGUUCAAUGCGCUGGGACAGAAGUUGCCCUCUCCGAUUGCAGGGCUCGGCCUUGGGGAGAGAAUAACUGUAACCACGGAGAAGAUGCCGGUGUUGUGUGCUCAGACGCUGGCAUCUCAGAAGUGGCUCAGCUCAGACUGGUGAACAGUAAGAGUCACUGCGCUGGGAGGAUCGAGGUGCUUCACAACCAGCAGUGGGGAACUGUGUGUGAUGACAGCUGGGACUUGCAGGAUGCUGGAGUCGUAUGCAGGCAGCUGGGCUGUGGGACGGCGUUAUCAGCACCCAGAGAGGCUCGAUUUGGGCAAGGAUCUGAUCGUAUCUGGAUGGAUAACGUGAACUGCACCGGGACAGAAGUUGCCCUCUCUGAUUGCAGGGCUCGGCCUUGGGGAGUGAAUAACUGUACCCAUGGAGAAGAUGCCGGUGUUGUGUGCUCAGACGCUGGCAUCUCAGAAGUGGCUCAGCUCUAACUGGUGAACAGCCCGAGUCGCU